AUGUCUACCACGCUACUUGAUCCGUCAAAGAAUGCUCUCGAAGCUCUUCAACCCUUCCCUGGAGCUGCCGAACUCGCCAGCCAAGUCCUCAGGAAGGUCUACGCCGCAUCGGGCGAAUGCAAGAUUGUACUUCGGGACGACCAGGGUAUCGCCGCGGCUCGACUCGCGCUUGGCCACGAUACCUUUCAUAUUGCUCGCACCGGCUCGGGAAAGACACUGCAGAUCAUUGCAGCUGCUUUGCUCAACCCCGGCAAACUCAUCCUCGUCUUCUCGCCGCUCCUCGCGCUGCAAGCAAACACGGUUGAAACUAUCUCAAAAUACGGACUCAAGGCUGUUGCUGUGAACUCGGAGCAAUCACGUCACCCGAGCUCAGGCUAA